AUGAAUAGUUUUCUGUCAACUACGACAAGCAGACAGAUGGCGUGUGAAAUAUAUGCUGGUUCUGGAAACAACAGAACGAAUUCGACAGAAGAAAGUAUCUUGUUCGAAAUCGAAGCUGAUACUUGUUUGGAGGGUGCAAAACCAUUUGGUGACAUCACCGAGCGAAGUGCAUUCGACAAGGAAGAACACGAAAUACUAUUCAUGCUCGGAAGUGUCUUCAAAAUUGUGGAUAUUCUGAGCGAUGAGCAAGAAAAACUGUGGACAGUUAAACUGAAACUGAGUAGUGAAGGAGUAGGUAAUUACAAGAACGCUUAUUUAAAUUAUUCAAAAGCGCUAGAACUCGAACUUCAAAAACCACUUUUGCAUAAGUAUAAUCUUGGCAAUAUUUUUACCGGUUUGGGUCAUGUCCUAAAACAACAGGGACAGUUUGAUCGAGCACUGUCCCAAUAUGUGAACGUUCUAAAAUUGGAUCUAGGAGAAGAAGGACAGCACGGCAUUCUACUUGGAGCUGCAUAUCUUAACAUCGGCGGAAUUCACUAUGAUCAGGGAAACUACGAGUUGGCAUUGGAAAAUAUGUUUGAAUGCUUAGGAAUUCAACUGCGCCAACUGCCUGAAAACCACCCAGACGUUGCAAGGACACUAAACUACAUUGCCCUUGCACAGCAGAGCGCAGGAGAGUGUGAACUCGCUCUAACUAACUAUCGGAGAGCCUUAUCUAUCCAACUAGCUUGUAACCUGAAGCAUCCCGAAACUGCAAUUACCUAUAAUAGCAUAGGUAUGGUGUACGUCAAGGGCUUCAAAAAUUGUACGGAAGCUAUGGUAAACUAUGAAAAAGCAUUGAAAAUAUAUGAAAAUGCUGCAUUCCCAUCAAAUCAUCCAGCUCUAAUACCAUUGUUAACUAACAUUGGCCAAGUACAUCGACUAAGAGAAGACUACGAACUAGCUAUGAGCUACUACAACAGAGCGCUGCAUAGUCAGCUUGAGAACGCUUCAAACCAUGCACACGCUGCAGUUAUCUACUCAAAUAUUGCUCUUAUUUACGAUGAAGGAUAUCAGAAUUAUCCAGAGACAUUAAUCAACUAUAGUAAAGCCGCUGAAAUAUCUAGACUGUCGAUGCCAGAAGACCGUCCCGAUUUUGCAAAAAUACUACUAAACAUGGGUAAUCUUUACACGCGGAUGUUGGAGUAUGAAAUGGCUCUGACAAACUACCGAAACGCACUCUCAAUUGAAUUAAUUCAUAGUCUCGAUCGGCCGGAUACCGCUGCUCUCUGUAACAGGAUCGGUGCAAUUUAUGGUCACGGUUUGAAGAAUUACAGGAAGGCAUUGAUUGAUUUCGAAAAAGCACUCACUAUACAUCUAUUCAAAUGUCCCAUCACCGGACCAUCAUCACCAAGAACGAAGUAA